AUUCACAUUCUGCCACAAUAUAAUUGGCAACUGCUUCUAAUUAAAAUUAGAAUGUUAUCCUCGCAUUACCCAAUUUCAACAGUGUGCAAUCGAAGUUUACUAUUAAAUUGUAUUCGAACUUUCGUUGGUUUUUGUUGAACUCAACAAAAUGGCGUCGCCACCUCACAGCUCGAUUUGCUUUGCGCGAAACCUCUUUCAAGCGCUCAGCGAGUCGCCUGAGCUCAGAGCCAAGAAUCACAUGGUCUCCCCAGCGGCAGCUCGCAGUGCCUUGACUCUGGUGUUCAUGGGAGCUGGUGUCAAGAGCGCCGAGGAAUUGCGCCAUGGAUUGUUGCUUGGGUCGGCUAAAAAACUGGAGAUUGCUCAGCAACACGCGGAGGUCAUGAGCAAAGAGUGUGUGUGCAAUGAAAAGGGGGUGUCUAUGCGUCUGGCCACGGGAUUAUUUGUCAAGGAUGAUCUCGAGUUGCUGCCCGAUUUCAAUGCGAAGGCCUUGGAGUUCUUCAACGUUCAGGCGGAUUUUUUGAACUUUUUGGAUGCCCAGAGUGCGAUGCAACAUGUGAACAAAUGGAUCGCGACCCAAACAUUUUAUACUAUAAGAAAUCCAUUUAGUCCGGCGACUUUCAGUGUAGAAUCCAGCGUUCUAUUGGUGAAUUCUGUAUAUUUUCGUGCCAGGUGGGCGAAACGUUUUGCCGUGGAGCACAGUACACUGGAUGAUUUUUGGAUUAACCCAAAGCAGCGAAUGCAGCUGACGAUGAUGCGACAGGUGGGAAAAUUCCGCUAUGGGCAAUCAAAUAAGCUGAAAUCGAGAAUACUGCAAUUGCCUUUCGAGAAAUCCGAUUUAACCAUGCUGCUAAUUGUGCCCUUCGAAAUUGAUGGACUCCCAGAGUUGGAGAUGAAACUGCAGCAGUUCAAUUUGAAUGAAGUCGCCAUGAAGUCUGUGAUGCACGACUGUGAAGUAUUCGUGCCCAGGUUUAAGAUGGAAUGCGAUGUGGAUCUAAAAGUGCCGCUGCAGAAACUGGGAAUCAAGCGCAUCUUUGAGCCUGGAAAUGCAGAUUUAAGUGGUCUAUUUGCCAAGAAGUCACAGAGUCUGAUUACUGAGGCCAGACAAAAACUCUAUUUAAAUGUUAACGAGGCGGGUUGCGAAACAAAUUCCGAUGCACCUGUGAAACCAGCUGCAGUUGGCAAAGAUGUGGAACUAAAGAUAUUUAAGGCAAAUCAUCCAUUUGUGUUUGCCAUACGAAACAAUAGAAAUGUCUAUUUUGUGGGUCAUUUUGUCAAGCCCUGAUUAGCCCGGGCAAGCCGAGCAAGCGGCGCUUUCAAUUGUGUGCCCAUAAAAUAAAAUGCAAAUUUUUAUUACAAAUCGCCGGUCGUUUGCGUUGACAGCCCUCGACGACAUCAGGAUGCUUGUAAUGGGCCAUUGCAGCCUUAUUGCUAAACAUACAAUUGUAAUCGACAGUCAACAGUCGACAGUCAGACACAUAGAUAUACUGUUUGUAUAAAUGAAAGUUCAAUAAAAUCAACGGCAGUGUCAGAUGUACAAAAUUGUAUAUCAAUUGUUGUCCGAGAGUGAAGUGCAAUGAAUGGAAAUUCGAAUUAAUCAAAAAGAUUGCACUGUUGUCCAUUGUUCUAUAUUUGAUUGAAAUUAAAUACAGUAUAAAUUCAUGCAUGCAAAUUAAAUGCAUUGUUCAACAAUAAACAAAAAUGUGAAAUUUAGAGAUUAGGUGAUUAGGUGAUUAAAAUGCACAACCAAAUUUGCACUUUAAUAAAUAUAUUUACUCGUUUCUCUAUACAUACUGUCUAUUAAUAUUCAUUAUAGAUAACAAUUACCAAUAUUUCUCAAUUACAUAAACUUGAAUUUCCGCUCUGUCUCUUGGGGGCGAAGCGCAUCAGCUGAACUGCCAACGAAUAAGAAUAGCAAUAAAACAAAUAGCAAAACAGCAGCAAAGUUGAACAAAGUGGAAAGGAGCUGGAGCUGGAGCAGGGCUUGAGGUGCCGCCUUGCCUGAUCAUUGAACGUUUCGCUGAUAUACAACAAAAAAAAAAAAAGCAGCCGACUUGCAAUGACUGUGACUGCGAUUGCGACGGCGAACAAUGGCAAAAAAGUGAGGAAGAGGAGUAUGAAGAGCGUUGCUGAACUAAAUGAAAAGUUGAAAGCAGCAAAACGAGCGUCAUUGGCAUUGCCUUAUUGCCAUUUCUUCUGGCAAUUGCUAUACAAUUUGUUAGCCAAUUUUAAAUACAACUGCUGCCACUGACAGUAAUCAAGAUUGCAUGGCGGUGGCGGUGGCACUGGCGGUGACGGUGACGGUGGCGGUGGUGGACUACAACAAUGCCAAAUGUCAUUCGACGGGGCGGCCAACAAUUGAAAAAUAAGUAAUUUCACAACUGUAGUGAACUCUGUACGCAGCAACAAACAGAAGGAACAACAGCAGCUGGGACAAGUACAAAACGCGACUCAGUCGCAUUCUCCUUCGCCGUCGCAUUCACAGUCGCAGUCUCCGUCUCCGUCUCAGUCGCAUUCUCAGUCUCAGUCACAAUCGGAGACGGAAUCGGGAGUCCGAGUCGCAAGUCCGCUGCCGCGUUCACGUCCGGUUUCGCAAACUUUUGCCGUCCAAUUCAUCGAUGAUUUUCGUAGACCGCCUUAUGCUACAGCUACAGCUACAGCUUCAGCUGGAGCUCCCCAUUGCCAUUGCCAUUGCCAUCCCAGAGUGUCUGCCAUUGAUGGCCACUACUGCCGGGGUUUUGUGGCAAAUGUUUAUCUUUUGGUUUGGUUUGUGUUUGGUUCAUUUCGUCUCGUUUCCCUGUUCUGCUCCACUCUGCUCUGUUCUGCGCAUUUUCUUGAUUUUAGUUACGAGUAUAUGCCUCUAGGCUGCUUGGCAGCGUCAUCAAAACGGAUGUGCAGCUGCACAAACUUUGUCCCAGCGGGUCAACGUCAGCGGGCGACGGCAACUGCGGAGGGACUGUGAAAAUUGUGCUCGGUCCCCAAACAGUUGUGUAAUUUGGAGAUGCUAAUGUAAUGUCACAGUAAUGAAAUUACUGACAUCUUUGCAACCAAAUUGUGCAGGCUACAAAAUUGAACAUUUAAACAGAGUUCAAAUAACAAAUAUCGAAAAGAAAAGAUAUGAAAACAUAAAUUAUAUUAAUGAUUUUUCUCAUAAAUUAAGUACUC